AUUUUGACGUGUCGUUUUAAUUCAUACCUGUCAUGUAUGAGAUCAAUCAAUAUUCAAAGUGGUUUGUUGUUCUGUAGAUUCUAUCACAGGUAUUUGAACGAUUUUAUGUAGGUUUAAUAUUUAUGAAUUAUCGGUUAUCAGCUACGAACGUAAAAUGUUGUAUUCGGUCCAAUGAGUGUUAUACACUUUAAGAUCGGUUAUAUAUAGUGCAGGAUGGUUGAAUUGACUUUUAAGUAGUAUUUAUAUGAGGGGACAGUUAUGAUAUGGAGUGCAACUUUGACGCAGUCAUGACUGGAUACGGAGACUGCAAUUCAAACGGAAUGAUUAAUGGAUACAGUGACCAAAAGGAUAACAUAUUGGAUAAGGAAACUAGCUACUGGAUGAAGAACAGACCAAAGCCUAAAAAAUAUGCAGAGAAACACAGAGUGCGGUUCAAUUAUCCAGAGAAGAUAACAGACAUUUUGCUUGAAGAUGAGACACUAACAUUGUGGCGACCAGCCGUUACCACAACACAGUACUGUCUGAUUCCGGAGUCGAUCUUAGAGGAACACUGGCCAAAUAUACUCCAAGUUUAUUAUACAAAAUUUGACUGUGUCAGCAGUGUUAUGCCUUUUGAUGAUGCGAUCAAAAUUAUUGCUCAUCAGUCAACAACUAUUUUGCCUACACAAGAUUACUCAGUACUUCGAGACUUUCCUAAAAUUCGGGGUUUAUGGUACAAACCCGACAAAUCCGAAAAUAUAGGAUUGACGGAUGAAUCCAGAAUUGGAAACGUGAAAUUCUCAUUUUCAUUUCCAAAAUCUGAGAAAGAAAAUUUGCUUAGUCAGUUAAAUAUGUAUUAUCUUGAAGUUAUGGAUUACCAAUCAGAACACAAAUCUGUCUCCAGAUUUCUUCUGACUAAAAGUAAAUACAACAAUCUACCUCUGUACGACGUUCACAAACCUGGAGGUCCUAUUUAUGUGAGAAAGAAUGAAACAUUAGAAGGAAUUACAGAAUCCUACUUUUUCCUGAAAACAUGUCGAAAUUUUCAGGGUAAAAUAGUCGAUCACAUUGUUGAGUUCAUGCUUGAAGAGGAUCCUUGGCCCCUCUGUCAACUAUCAACUACAUCGCAUAUCCCUUUUAAAAAACCAGAGGAGUUUAUUAAUUUUGAUAGCCGGGAUUUUGGCCGACUUCAUACUGGUUACCUCGGAGCAAACUGGGACAGAGCGAUGGCGGGUAUGUUUGUUUGGGCUCUUCAGUCCAAAGUACCAUGGCUGGUGUAUGAAAGAUUACACGAGAAUAUAAAAAGUACCGUCAAUUUAGUGGCAUGUGAAGCGCCCUUAGAGGAAAUCUUUACGGCCUCUGCGCCUAUAUUGUGUAAGAGAUUGCUAGAUCUCCUAGUUGAACUUUAUCCAUUUAUUGCAAAAUGUCACAAUGACCAAGACUUAGCUGAACUUUUACAAUUGUUCAAAACAAUUCACAUGUGCGAUGAUCAAUGCAUAAUGGUCAGUUUAAAGUAUGUGGACAUACCUAUAUCAAGGAUUUUGAAUUCGUACCUAGCUUUAUUAGAAAAAGUGAUCGCAUCGUGCUCUUUUUCUUUGAAACAAGCCGUGAUAUCUACUCUUCUUCCGUGGUCAAUAUUGGCGUACCAUUACUAUGAUCACAAGAUUGACAGUUGUAGAAAAAUGGUAGCUUUCAUCAGUCAAAUUGAUGAAUUGAGUUGCAAACUUUUACCAGGGAACGGGGAAACACGUGACUUUCUUCAUUCUGCGUCAACCGAUCUUACAGGAAGAACUUCCGGUUUUGCAUCUAUGUCGUCAUAUUAUGACGAAGAUGAGGACGAAUCCUUAAGAUAUUUGCCAUCAUGACCAACUUACUUGUUUUAUUUGAUGUGAGUGUCAAAAUAAUGAACAUCCGAGGGAUAUUUCUAAAAACAAAAGUCUCUUUUGUAGAAUAUAAGAAGUUCCAAAGGCUAGACAUGCCAAAGAAAGUGCAAACUGUUAUGCUGUUUGGUUCAACUUAAAUUUGUAUAUUGAAAAUAGAUAUAUUAUUAAAAGAAAAAAUCAAAUGCAAUUUAACACAGUGUACAAUACUGAGCUGAACCGAUAAUAACAUCGUCGUCUCAAAUUUAACCUUUAUCUAUCAAACUAGUCUAAAAACUUUCCAAAUUUAGCUCAAAAAGAGAUAGAUUUGACAUCGUUUGAAAAACAUACAUGAUUCUGGUUAUGGCAUUUCUCAUCAUGUCUUUUAAAUUCUUUAAACAUUCAAUUGAUACUAAAUUAGAACCACUUUGAUGCUAAAAUGAGCAACAACUUAUGCUGCUGACAUACUAUUGCUGAGUUUGAUGUCAUGAAUUAAACAAAAGGUCAACAUAUAUUCAUACCUUUUGGUUCUUUUUUAUACAUAUGUCGAAUAGCACUUCUCUUGUUUAGAAAACUUAGAAAACUGUAAUGUUUUUUUCCACAUUGAGUAAAAAAUGCUUUAAGCUGUAAAGAUUUCAGAGGUCAAUCAAUGACCUCAACACGAGUUAUCGCAUGCAUUAUUUUAAGUUUGCUCAAACACAUAUCAAGCUGUCAAUCGUCAAUAUAAACAAGAGCAUUUAUGACCCUAUCAUUUAUUACGAAUAAUUCAUAAAAAACAUGAAAAUU